AUGCCCGAGAAGCAAAGAGAGUGCAUCCGAGAGAUGUUGCAAAGAGUGGUCAAGUUCCGAAGAACAGGAGAGAGCUCCAGGUCUGAUGAUGACGCCAUCUCGGGAGAGCAUGAAAUCCAGAUUGAAGGGGUCCGGUCUGAGUUAGAGGCUGUGGAACUGGAGGAUGGGGCUGCAGUGCCCAAAGAGUUUGCCAAUCCCACUGAUGAUACUUUCAUGGUGGAAGAUGCGGUGGAAGCCAUUGGCUUUGGGAAGUUUCAAUGGAAACUGUCUGUCCUCACUGGAUUGGCAUGGAUGGCAGAUGCAAUGGAAAUGAUGAUUCUCAGCAUUUUGGCGCCCCAACUGCACUGUGAAUGGAGACUCCCCAGCUGGCAGGUGGCCCUGCUCACCUCGGUGGUGUUUGUGGGAAUGAUGUCUAGUUCCACCCUUUGGGGAAACAUUUCUGACCAGUAUGGACGAAAAACAGGGCUGAAGAUCAGUGUGCUGUGGACGCUCUACUACGGAAUCCUCAGUGCUUUUGCCCCCGUGUACAGCUGGAUCCUGGUCCUCAGAGGCCUUGUGGGCUUUGGAAUUGGAGGAGUUCCUCAGUCGGUAACCUUGUAUGCUGAGUUCCUCCCGAUGAAGGCCAGAGCCAAGUGCAUCUUGCUGAUAGAGGUGUUCUGGGCCAUUGGGACAGUGUUUGAGGUCGUCCUGGCCGUGUUUGUCAUGCCCAGCCUGGGAUGGCGUUGGCUGCUCAUCCUUUCUGCCGUUCCACUGCUCCUGUUUGCUAUCUUGUGCUUUUGGCUUCCUGAGAGUGCAAGGUAUGAUGUGCUAUCUGGGAACCAGGAAAAGGCCAUCGCCACCUUGAAGAGGAUAGCGACAGAGAAUGGUGCACCGAUGCCCCUGGGAAAAUUGAUCAUUUCCAGACAGGAAGACCGGGGCAAAAUUAGGGACCUUUUCACACCCCAAUUUAGAUGGACAACUUUAUUGCUGUGGUUUAUAUGGUUUUCCAAUGCAUUUUCAUACUAUGGAUUAGUUUUGCUAACUACAGAGUUCUUUCAAGAAGGAGAUGUCUGCAACAUGUCCAGCAGAAGGAAAGCUGUGAAGGCCAAGUGUAGCCUGGCUUGUGAGUACCUGACGGAGGAGGAUUACAUGGACCUGCUCUUGACCACCUUAUCAGAGUUUCCAGGCAUCCUUGUGACUCUGUGGAUCAUCGACCGCCUAGGCCGCAAGAAAACUAUGGCCCUGUCCUUUUUUGUCUUCUCCUUUUGUAGUCUGCUGUUGCUCAUCUGUGUUGGAAGAAGCGUCCUCACUGUACUUCUGUUCAUCUCAAGGGCUUUCAUUUCAGGAGGAUUUCAGGCUGCCUACGUUUACACUCCAGAGGUUUACCCCACAGCUACCCGUGCCCUGGGACUGGGCACCUGUAGUGGAAUGGCAAGAGUGGGUGCCCUCAUCACUCCAUUUAUUGCUCAGGUGAUGCUGGAAUCGUCUGUUUACUUGACUCUGGUGGUAUACAGUGGCUGCUGCCUCUUGGCUGCCCUUGCCUCCUGCUUUCUGCCCAUUGAGACCAAAGGCCGGGGUCUGCAGGAGUCCAGCCACCGGGAGUGGGGUCAGGAGAUGGUGGGAAAAGGCUCCCACAACAUGGGCGUGACCAGGUCAAAUUCUGGAUCGCAAGAGUGAUGGCAACAAGAGAGGCUGGAUGUCCGGGAAGACCAAGAGGGAGGAGGUGAGGGUGAUUCCCAGCGGGAUCAGGCUGUCACUGCCAACGUCAUGGGUCAAAGUUCCAGACCUGUGGAUUUGGACCGAAAAGAAUUUGUGUCUUUAAUACCAUUCACUCAUUUUCAUCCAGCACCACCUUGGGGAUGGCAGGGGAGGCAUUUGUUCUGGGGGUUGCUCUGUCUGUGUGAUAGUGGGGUGAGGUUUGUUAGGAGCCUGUCAUUCUCACUUGGCCCACGGCCAAGCUCCAAAGGUCCAGUGACACCAUGAGCCAACCAGAUGCCAUUCAGAUCCAGGUGUUCGACGGGAGAGCCAAAAGCCACGUAAAUGACCCAAAUCCAUAGCACAUUCAGCAAGGAAGGGGACUCUGGUGGGUCAGCCUCCACCAUCAAGCAGCCAAUCGGCUCCUGGGUCCCCAGCUCAGUGGCAAUUCUCCUGGGCAUUACAGAUGGUCUGGGCUUCCAGAGGAAAGUCAAUCCAAAGCACUUAGGGACUAAGCAACCUCACGACCCUUUGUUCGGGUCCAAGGAGUGCUUCUGAAAUGGGCUGGGAAAGGGUCAGCUUUCUCUCCGCUCAGAGCUCUCCCGGCAUUGCUCACUGCCCUAUCAUAUCACCAGGUGGUAUCACCAUUGCUGACCUUCAGGUCAGCACCCUGCCCCUUCCCCCAACUCCCAUAUCCACACUGCAUGGGGGCAGGUGUGUUUUUGUCCAUUGUACCCAGGCUUGUUCCCAGCAUUGACCCUUUCUCACUGGACAGGGAGAGGGGAUCCUUCCUAUCAGAAAGCCACCUCUCGAAACUGCCUCCAGCUGGGCUGGGACAUCAGGACAGAAAGGAGGGAUGGAAGGAGGGCCUCUGGCCCUUGGACCGGUCCAGGAGGAACUGGGCUCAUGAGCUCCUUUCUACCUCCCAGGAAGGCAAUUUGGGGGCCCAGUGUCUUUAAUUGCUGGCUCUUCUAUAGGGGGGCAUGAAGGGUAGGAAAGGAAGCAACCCACUUGUGUGGCCUCUCUUUAUCAAGCACCAGCCACGAUGGGGGAUUCCGAUUUUGAGCCUGGACAGAUGUACAGAGAAAUCCGCAAAUGUGCCCACACACAUCUCAGUAUUAUUCCGAAGCUAGGGUCGGGGAUGCUCAAUUUUUGGGUCCUCAUUCCCCCAGCUCCGGUUUCUUCGUUGCCAUCCCUUGCCAAUGCUCAUGACAUCACCAUCCCAGGGGUAGUUUGGGGUACCACUCAUACCUCCUGUGGGGAAUGGUAGCCCUCUUUGGUGGACAGAGCAUGACGGGGGUCAGCGGGGUGAACCUGCCUUUUUGCAAAGGCCAAAUUUGGCUUGCACCUGGGACCAGGAGAAGGGGACUAACUAGGUUCCAUGUCAGUGGCAUACAUUGGCCUUCAGUACUUGGUUCAAAAUGUAAUGUUUCCCAUUGUGAAAGCAUGGGAUCACGUCAGGAAGGAGAGCAUCCCCCGCUCCCAUCAAAGGCCAAAGAAGCUGCUGACAUUUUUUUGCUUGGAGAUGUCUGUUUUCAGUAAACAUGGCAAGGGAACAAAGUCUGUAAGUUCAUUUAUUAUUAAAACAUGUUGGUGAUGGA